CCCAACCCAAACCCUUUUCAUAUCAUAGAGAGAUAAGCCUUCCAAGUUCCAGCCCUUCAUUAAAAUGGGGAAAUCAAGAUUGCUUCCCCUGCUAAUUUACCUUUUGUUGAAGCUCAUAACCCUUCCUCCUCUUGUGGUUUCUAUCUCCAACUGCAACGGCCCAUGUCGAACCCUCAACGAUUGCAACGGUAGACUCAUUUGCAUCAACGGAAAAUGCAACGACGACCCCGACUUGGGGACCCACAUAUGCCAGGGAACCACUCCUUCUCCUCAGCCCGGCGGAUGUAACCCAUCGGGCACUCUCACAUGCAAGGGUAAAUCGUACCCUACGUAUGAAUGCUCCCCUACCGUUACGUCCUCUACACCGGCCAAGCUCACAAACAAUGAUUUUAGUCAAGGAGGGGACGGCGGGGGCCCAUCGGAGUGCGACGGAAAGUACCACUCCAAUAAAAUCCCAAUCGUUGCCCUUUCAACCGGGUGGUACAACGGUGGGACACGAUGCAACCAGAUGAUCCGUGUUCGGGCUAGUAACGGUCGGAGCGUGGACGCAAAGGUGGUGGAUGAGUGUGACUCAAGGCAUGGUUGCGACGCGGAGCACGCUGGACAACCACCGUGCAAGAAUAACAUAGUUGAUGGUUCGGAUGCGGUGUGGGACGCAUUGGGACUGAAUAAGGAGGAGGGUGUGGUUGACAUUACUUGGUCCAUGACCUAAGUUCUGACCCAUGGGUUGAUCGAAUAAUUUUUUUGCGUACAAGCAAGAAACCUAUCUACUGUAGCCUAAUCUAAUAAGGGUAAAGCAUGGGACCUUACAAUUAAUAAGGUAAAGGAAUGUAGGGUGACAACAUAGUUGGGAUUUUACUUUCACGUUGUGUUGCUAUCUUGCUCUAUGUUUCUUUCGUUAAUAAAAUUUCUUCAUUUCGCCGUUCAAAAAAAAAAAAAAAAAGGGUAAAA